GCGAAAUUAGGCGCAAAUUUAAGAUUGGAGUCAUCAAAGGAUAAAUCCGACAAUGGAAGACACCACAGGAGCCGAGCAGGAUGCAGACAAUGUGAUCCGCAUCAUGGUGGCCACCGAUAACCAUCUCGGCUACGGCGAAAAGGACGCAGUGCGCGGCGAGGACAGUUUCACGGCCUUCGAGGAGAUCCUGGAACUGGCGGUUUCUGAGGAUGUGGACAUGAUUCUGCUGGGCGGAGACCUUUUUCACGACGCGGUGCCCAGCCAGAACUCCAUGCACAAAUGCAUUGAGCUCCUGCGGCGCUACACCUUCGGCGAUCGCCCCGUUUCCCUUGAGAUCCUCAGCGAUCAGGCGCAGAGUUUCCACAACGCCGUCAACCAGUCGGUGAACUACGAGGACCCCAACCUGAACAUCGCCAUUCCGGUCUUCUCCAUUCACGGCAAUCACGACGACCCCAGCGGCUUCGGCCGCCUGAGCUCUUUGGACCUGCUGAGCACCUCGGGCCUGGUCAACUACUUUGGCCGCUGGACGGACCUCAGCCAGGUGGAGAUCAGCCCCAUCCUGAUGCGCAAGGGCGAGAGUCAGCUGGCCCUGUACGGACUGAGCCACAUUCACGACGGGCGGCUGGCCAGGCUCAUAAAGGACUUCAAGGUCAAGUUCAACUGCCCCGACACGGCGGCGGCGGAAGGCAAAGGCAAUGACGGCAAGGGCGACAAGAACGACACGGAGACGGAGGAGGAUUGGUUCCACCUGCUGGUGGUGCACCAGAAUCGCGCCGAUCGCGGGCCAAAGAACUAUCUGCCCGAGGAGCUGCUGCCGGGGUUCCUCCACCUGGUGAUUUGGGGCCACGAACACGACUGCCGCAUUGAGCCGGAGCUAAAUGCGAAGAAGGGGUUCUAUGUCUCCCAGCCGGGCUCCUCGGUGCCCACCUCCCUGUCCGAGGGCGAGGCCAAAAAGAAGCACGUCGGGCUGCUGGAGAUCUACAAGGGAAAGUUCAAGCUGAAGGAGCUUCCCCUGCGCACCGUGCGUCCCUUUGUCUUCGAAUCCGUUGUACUGCCCGAUCGUGCCGAGGAGCUGGGUCUGGACCAGGGCGAUGCCUCCACAAAGGUCUUCAAAUUCGCAAAGAAUCGGGUAGAGGACAUGCUAGAGCGGGCGAAGGCCCAGCUCACCGGCCAUCCCCGGCAGCCCACGCUGCCGCUCAUCCGGCUGCGCCUUCUCUACACGGAUGAGUCCUGCAUGUUCAACGCCAUUCGGUUCGGCCAAAUGUUCAGCACCCAAGUGGCCAAUGUCCAGGAUGUGGUGCAAUUCAGCAAGAUGAUCAAGAGGAGCAAGACAGAGACCGUCAGCCUGGACAAGGAGGCAUUGCGACGCGCACUGGAGGCGGAUAAUGCCACUCGAGUAGAGGAGCUGGUGGAUCGCUAUUUCGACGAGGCCAAGUCCAAUAAACCUCUAAGGUUGUUCCACUCAAAGGCAUUGGCAGAGAUGACCUAUCGACUGGUGGAGCGAAGGGAUAUUGAUGCAGCAGAAAAUAUCGUGAAAUUCUACAAGGAAAAGGCAGUGGAUCAUCUAAUGGAAUCCAUGCCUAACGAGGAGAACAUCGACGACGAGCUCUUAAAAUUUAGGACGCGCCAUAAGCACGAGGAUCUGCUAAAAAUGCUAGAUACUCAGGGAGUAAAAGUGAAGCGGGACGAUAAGUCCACUUCUGUCCUGGGUAGCGAAGCCAACGCCUCCACGGCAACCACGACGGGACGAGGGCGUGGCCGCGGUCGAGGAGCUGGAACUGGUAGAGGUCGUACUUCUGCCGCCUCAGUCGCCACACGAGGCAAGGCGCAGCUGGAAAUGACUGUCAAUAAUGCGCGUGCCUCAAGCAGACAGCAAACUAUCCUAGGCAGCAUCACCAGAGGUACUCGAAAUACCGCAAGCUAUGUUAUAUCGGAUGAUUCCGAUUGAUUAGUUUACAUUCCAAAACCUUAUUUUUGUGUUUGCCGAUCUUUAAGGGGAAUAAACAGAAGCUUUUUUUGUAUA